UGCUUGGUCGAAUGGUGAUGCAACCCUAUUUGAGAAUGGAAGAUGUGUUCAUCAGCAGGUUAAUUUUGGAUGGAGAAAACUACGAUGUACAUCGUACCUCAGGUUCGCAUGUGAAAAACCUCCGAGUCCGCGACAGAUCCUUCCUGUACGUCUGAUGGCAGCUACUCCACCCCCCUACGGAGGAGGUCUGGUGAAUGCUUCAUUUGUCUGUCUACUCGGCUCAGAGAAUGAAGAGAUUCUCACAUUCUCUACCAGAAGACUUGUCCGUCUGACCGAGGCUAUAACUUUCGAUAGUUACACAGCUCCAGGAGACAUCAAUGAUGUAUCAUCUGUAGUAUUAAGGCAGAUUCUUUCAGCUUCUAUGGAUGGCUUGGGAUUUUACGAAUGUUCUGCGGUGACAGCCAGUAGAAUGACAUCUGCUCCUCUUGGCAUUCUUCCUUCUACCCGCCAAUGGCAACCCAGUGAUGGUCGGUUUACAAAGACAGUACACAUUGGAGAUAAUAUCACACUCAGUGUGAUGAGCACGACAGGGAUGGUAGGUGAAGGCGGGAUAAGAUGGCGGAAAAUCACUGAUGUAGACUGGGCUGAUUCACUUAUCGGAAUGAGUUCUGGUAGUCUAUCACACACAAUUCAAUCUGCAUCUGUCUCAAACGCCGGUGUGUAUGUGACUUACGAGAGUGGAACGUUGGAACAACAUCAAUUCAGCUUCAUAAGACUCAUCGUAAAGGAGUGCCCUUAUGGAAGAUGGAAUCCGCCGUUAUGCGAUCGUUUGUGUGAUAGUUGUUACAAUGGAGGUGUAUGCCACGAACUCUCAGGAACAUGCAUCUGCCCUCCUGGCCAUGCUGGAAAGAACUGCCUCCAAGCGUGUGGGUUGCAUAAGUUUGGCUGGGACUGUGAGUUUGAAUGUGGAUCCGGUCAGCCUCUGGACAAGUGUGCUGGAAGUCAGAUCUGUCUACCUGAUCCUUAUGGGUGCAACUGUUUAGCUGGAUAUACAGGAGUCUACUGCAAUGAAACAUGUGCAGACGGUGUGUUUGGAGCUGAUUGUGGUCAAGAAUGUCACUGUGCUGAUAAAGCAGAUUGUGAUGACGUCACUGGAAAAUGUCCCGGAGAUUGCUCGCUAGGAUGGACUGGCUCAGCAUGUCAAGUUCCUUCUGUUUGCCCAAACGGAUACUUCGGGUCUAACUGUACACAGAAAUGCAAUUGCAGGAAUGGCACAGCAUGCCGUAAAGAUUCUGGAUACUGUGACGAGGUUGAAGGGCGAUGCGACUUGGGAUAUGUCACUGAUUCUGUCGAGUUUCCAGCCAACUGUAUGACAUUUUCAGGAUGUUUCAGCUCUUGUUCAAAGACAUGUCAUUGUUCUGGUGGUGCUGAGGAUUGUAACUUUUUGAAUGGUGAUUGUUUGUCAUCCACCUGUCAUCCAAGAUGGAUGGGGGAUCAAUGCCAAACAGAUCGUUUUGAGACGAGCUUGGAAAAGACCAAUCCAGGAGUAGCGAUCUUCUCUUGUUCCUUCACAGCGUCACCGGGGCAAACUCUUUCCUCUGAUUAUGUGAAGGCAGCUGUAGGAAGGUCUUUUACGGGACCCUGGAUAUCUCAUAAUAGCUCUGAUACAUCAGGACCAACCCUCAAUAAUAGCUCUGAUACAUCAGGACCAACCCUCAAUAAUAGCUCUGAUACAUCAGGACCAACCCUCAAUAAUAGCUCUGAUACAUCAGGACCAACCCUCAAUAAUAGCUCUGAUACAUCAGGACCAACCCUCAAUAUUUCAUUCAUCCACGAGUAUACGGGGCCAGAAAAACCAAUUUACUGCUUCAUCGGGGUACCUGAGAAUUCAUCAGAGUUUGCUUUCGUGAGGCUACCUCCAAGAUAUUACUUUGUUUUACCAAGUUUUAAUGGUGUACCAGAAAUAAUUGAAUUUGGAAGAUACCAUGCACUCAUCGGUUGGAGACAAUGGGACCCUAGCGAUGAUACCGGGGAAGGACCUAUCGUUGGCUACAAGAUCUACGUGCUAUCAGGUAGCAAUGUCGUGUCGGAAAAAGAAGUACAACCCCCAAGCAUGGUCCCCAUGACGGACCGUUCCGUAUCGAAGAGGUCUACUGAGAAUGCCGCUGAGAUGGUCAUUUAUAACGUCAGUGGACUUGAAGCAGGAUCAACGUACUCCGUUCAGAUUGCAGCGAUACGAGAUGGUAUCAACGGUGAAGGAGAACAAGGACCAGCAAUGACAUUCACAACUGAAAGUGUUCCUGUUAUAACCACCACACUGGGCCCAUCAACCAUUUCGACUGCAGGAAUGACUGGAUCAGAUAUGGGUCCUAUAGCAUCGACAGUUGGGGGAGCCGUGGGCGGCAUUCUGAUCAUUUUGAUUGUCAUCAUUGUAGUCAUCACCGUGUUCAAACGACGAAGAAAUGAUGGUAAUCCUUCUAAAACAGGAAACAUCGAGGAACAAUUUCAGGCAUCAGCUGGUUUUCAAGACAUGUCAUUAGAAGAAAAUGACUACAGUGGAAACGCCUCCAAUUUGAACUCGGAGCGCACAACUCCAAGGAGCACAAGACCCAAACCAGCUGUAGCCGUCAAGCCCGAUGUAAGGAGAACUAAAUCCUUAGACCUUGAUUUCACCGAUGGAUCUCCGGAAAGAUCUAGCAACAAACCUAUUGGCACACGUCAACCGAUACCCGUGGCUCAGUUUCCCGCGUUCGUCAACAAGAACAGACACACUGCGCUCUUCUCCGAGGAAUUUCACGACUUACCUGGCCCAGACAUCUAUCCUCAGACCGUGGCUCGAGAGCAGAUCAACUUCAAGAAAAACAGAUACAAGAAUAUUUUACCAUAUGAUUCGGCGAGGGUGAAGUUAGAAGUAAUCGACGAUAUCCCUCAUUCCGAUUACUUUAACGCUUCUUACAUUCCCAGUUUUGACGAUGACAAGGCUUACAUUGCAUCACAAGGACCGAACAAGACCUCUAUGGAUGAUUUCUGGAGGAUGGUCUGGCAGGAGAAUGUGACGACUAUUGCCAUGGUAACGAAGCUCCAGGAAGGAGAUAAGAUCAAAUGCCGUCAGUACUGGCCAGAUCGGAAAGGACAAUCGGUGGAGUUUGGAACAAUCAAAGUAGAACUGAUGGAACUUGAACCAUGUACAGGCGGUGUGGCAAGAAGGAUGGUUAUGCGCAAGGGUGAAGAGUCGAGGAGAGUUACACAGUUCCACUUCACAGAGUGGCCUGACAAGGGUGUUCCUAAACACACCUCAUCACUGCUCAAGUUCAUCAAGGAGGUCAAAGCUGAUCAUGGACAGUACACUCAUCCUCUGAUCAUUCAUUGCAGUGCUGGUGUUGGACGAACAGGCGUGGUAACCAGUAUUGAUAGCGUCGUAGCUCACGCCAAGAGAACUAGAAUGGUAGAUGUUUUCAACUUCGUGACGAACAUGAGACAGAAACGACCAUACAUGGUCCAAACACAGGAGCAGUAUGCCUUCAUCUACGGGGCUGUCCUGGAGGAUCUUCUCUGGAGGAAUACCCUGAUCCCUGUCAUUCAUUUCACUGAUCAUCUACAAGACUUACACACUUCAGGUGACGGACGUGGACGGUCCAAGAUGACCAAGGAGUUCCAGACUUUGAAGAGCCUCUGUCCAGAUCCUCCGGCUUCUCAAACAAGAUCAGGACGCACUCCAGAUAACCAACCAAAGAAUAGAUACGGGAACAACCUACCAUUGCAGAGGAAUCGUGUGAUACUAGACUCCCCAGAUCAUGAUUACAUCAAUGCUAGUCAAAUGAAGGGAGUCCACUGUACAUUCAUGACAACCCAGAUGCCGCUGCCAACCACUGUGUCUGAUUUCUGGUCUAUGGUCCUCGACUAUAAACCAUCCACUAUCGUCAUGCUUAAUGACAAGAGCCAAAACGACAAGAGCUGUGCACAGUACUGGCCUGAUGCUGACUCGGCUCAGUUUGGAUCCUAUUCAGUUGCAACCUUAUCAAGAUCAUCUGAUGGGGACAUGACCAUUCGUAAACUCAAAGUUACCAGAAACUCCAAAACCAGUCACACCGUCACUCAGUACCAGUUCCAUGGAUGGCCUAAACAUGGAUCAGAUCAACAAUCAGGUGCUAGGUCUUUGAUCAAGCUCAUCCGUGCUGUCAAAGGUUCCACUAACAAAAUGAAUGAAUUCUCCAUUCUUGUCCAUUGUUUGAGUGGUGCUGGGCGAACAGGUGUGCUUUGCACUGCUAUGGAGUGCAUCGCUCAGAUAGCGGAGGGAGAUUCCGUCGAUAUUUUCCAGACAGUCAAGACACUGCGAGCUGACAGGAUGCAGUUCGUCCAAACUGAGGAGGAAUAUGCUUUCAUCUACGAUGCCAUCCGUGAAUACCUGCACACUGAGAACUAUGAGCAGCUUCCGUACCCGAUAGAUGACCACACGUAUGGCAAUGUAGAGAUCGACUAUACACUUGACCCGGAAGAGAACCCGUAUGAGAUCACAGAUCCGCAGGAUGCAGGCGCCGCCGCGCUCAUGUAUGGCAACGUAGAGACUGAGAGGAGCCAGGAAAGACCGAAGUCAAAGCCUCAACAACCCUACUCUGUAUACGAGAACGUUACAUUUGAUUCUUAAAUUCAUAUAGCUUUGCGUUGUUUGAAUGGUGCUCUGUGUACGAGAACUUUGCAUUUGAUUCUUAAAUUCAUAUAGCUGUGUUGUUUGAAUUAUGGUUCUAAAAUCUCUAGAUGACACUGAAUUUGUAUAUAUUUUGUUUGUGGAGUAGUUUCUUUUAGCCUAAGAAAAUAUAGGGAAAUUACGGAAAAAACUUAUUAUGGAGGUGUCGUGGUAUAGGUGGUUCAUUCACUUGAUUAUCAAUCCAAGGGUAGAUGGUUCGAAUCCCAGCCUGGGACUUACGGCCUAUAGCAAGACAACUAAUACUCAUCUGUACAGGUGCAUUGUUUGGGGUGCAUGGUCGAGUGAAUGUUCCGAACUUAUAAAGUACAUGUAAAUUUUGUUUCGAAAUAUGUCUUAAGGACUGUCUGUAAUUCAUGUCUGUAAUAUGUACAAUUUUGGUUUAAUUUUGGUUCAAUGAUUGCUCUAUGCCAACUAAUCGUUGGUGGAAAGUGAAUAGUAUCUAAUAUUUUGUAUGCAAUUUUCAAGAUCAAUUGCUUUCCUUAGAUCAUUGUUUGUCUUUGUUUAUCCUGUUUGACUGGUAUUUAUAGAGGUUGUUUUUGUACUUUUCUGUCUAUUGUUGAAAUAUUUAGAUUCAUUUACGAAAAAUAUUGAAUAUCAGUACUUUCCACACAAAAAAGGUUUGAUUACCAACAUUGUGUUGAUGUUUAAGACUCGUGUAAAUAUGUAAUAUUAGCUAGUUUUUUUUAAUGACUUAAUGAAUGUGAAUUUGAAGUGAAUAAUUAUGUUUGUUGUAGAAAAUGAUGAUUAAUACAAAUUUUAAUUUAAAAUCUAUGUAUUUCAGUACACAUUAUCUACGAAGAAAUUGUUUUGAUACAACUAUAUGUAUAUAUAUAUAUAUUGCAAACUAUUGUCUAUUAAUAUGCGCGCUCACACAGGAAAAGAGAGAAAUGCAUCAAAAAUCAAGUAAAUCGUAAUUGUGCAAAUGUGUUCAAAUCGACAUGAUUUUGAAAGUGGUAAACGGCAAACGUACAAAAUAUAAUACCGAAGUUCACAUGAUUUAAUUGUGAACUGUAUACUAAACAGAAGUAACUUUAUUUGUUGUAAUAUUCAUGUAUGCAUAAGCAAACUAUGUUUUAUGUAAAGCAAAGUGAAUUUUAUUUCAUUGGUUUAUACAGUUUUGUAAACAAUGUGGCAAACCAUUCGAUAAAAAAUUAGUUUGCUUUAACAAACAAGGAGAAAAGUCAGUUAGUAUUGAUAACUGUAUUUAUGGUUAUGACUAACGUAACUCCUUCGACUCGAAGUGAAAAGCCCAUUAUUGAUUUACAACUUGUAUACUAGAUGUGUAAAAGCAGUCGAUUAUUAUCAUUUAAAUUUUAUCACGAUGCAAAUUUUCGAGGAUUUAAAAACGUUCUUUGUAUUUAACCCUGUACUGGGGGGGGGGGGGGCCUGGG